CCUCGUCCCGUGAGUCACCGACGGGUCAGACUUCCGUUUGGACCUCCCGGGAUUGGCGGGAGGUGCGCUUCUUGCGCGUCGGUUGCCGGGCCCUGGAGAUCGCGCGGAAGGCCAUCAUGAAGAAGUCACGAGCAGCUAUGAGAAGUUGUUGCAGGAAGCAGGCAUCCAGCAAGGAGGGAAGAAAGAAGCAUGCACCCAGCAGCAGCCAGGCCAAGCCUUCUGCCCCUGAUGGCCUGGCUGGACGACUGGAGGAGGUGGUACUGCAGGCCUCUGUCUCCCCGUACCACCUAUUCAGAGACACAGCUGAGGUCACAGUCUUCCGAGAGAGCCUGCUGAGUUGGUACAACCGAGAGAAGCGGGACCUACCCUGGAGAAGGCAGGCAGAAGGUGAGGUGGACCUGGACAGGCGGGCGUAUGCUGUGUGGGUCUCAGAGGUUAUGCUGCAGCAGACCCAGGUUGCCACGGUGAUCGACUAUUAUACCCGAUGGAUGCAGAAGUGGCCAACGCUGCAGGACUUAGCCAGUGCUUCCCUGGAGGAGGUGAACCAGCUCUGGGCUGGCUUGGGCUACUACUCUCGAGGCCGGCGGCUACAGGAGGGAGCCCGGAAGGUGGUAGAGGAGCUAGGGGGCCACAUGCCAUGUACAGCAGACACUUUGCAGAGGCUUCUGCCUGGUGUGGGUCGGUACACAGCUGGAGCCAUUGCUUCCAUUGCCUUUGGCCAGAUAACCGGUGUAGUGGAUGGGAAUGUAGUACGGGUGCUGUGCCGUGUCCGAGCCAUUGGUGCUGAUCCCAGUAGCACCCUUGUCUCUCAGCAGCUCUGGAGCUUAGCCCAGCAGCUAGUAGACCCAGCCCGGCCAGGGGAUUUUAACCAAGCAGCCAUGGAGUUGGGGGCCACAGUGUGCACCCCGCAGCACCCACUCUGCAGCCAGUGCCCUGUGCAGAGCUUGUGCCGGGCACGCCAGAGGGUAGAGCGGGAACAACUCUUGGCCUCCCAGAGUCUACCAGGCAGUCCUGAUAUGGAGGAGUGUGCUCCCAACACUGGACAGUGCCAGCUGUGUGCACCUCCCACAGAACCCUGGGACCUGACCCUGGGUGUAGCCAAUUUUCCCAAAAAAGUCAGCCGCAGACCCCCUAGGGAGGAGUGCUCUGCCACCUGCGUUUUGGAACAGUUGGGGGCCCAUGGGGGUGCCCGAAUUCUGCUGGUACAGAGGCCUAAUUCAGGUCUGCUGGCAGGACUGUGGGAGUUCCCCUCUGUGGCCGUGGAGCCCUCAGGGCAGUGCCAACGCAAGGCCCUGCUGCAGGAACUACAGAGCUGGGCUGGGCCCGUCCCAGCCACCCGUCUUCGGCACCUAGGGCAGGUCGUCCAUACUUUCUCUCACAUCAAGCUGACAUACCAAGUGUUUGGCCUGGCCCUGGAAGGGCAGACCCCGGUGACCAUCACACCACCUGGUGCUCGCUGGCUGACUCGGGAGGAGUUUCGCACCGCAGCUGUCUCCACCGCCAUGAAAAAGGUGUUCCGAGUGUAUGAGGGCCAACAGCCAGGGACCUGCAAGGGUUCCAAAAGAUCCCAGGUGUCCAUACCAUCCAGGCGGAAAAAGCCCAGCCCAGGCCAGCAACUUCUGGAUAAUUUCUUUCGGCCCCUCAUCUGCACUGAUCCACCUAGCCUCAACAGUGUGGCCCAGUGAUGCCUCUGGAAGCCCCCAUCCCCUGAGAAUCAUGUUGUUUAAUAAAGUACUUAUUUUUGUA